ACGCGGUGAUUACUUUAUCUGUGUGACUUUUGUAAAAAAAUAUGUUAUCAAACAUGGCGUGCGAAAAAGCGUCGUGUGGAAAUUACUGGGAUGGAUUUGUUUAUUAGGUCAGCUUAUAUGUGAACGAUACCGCGUCGUUGGACUAUGUGGUCACACACAAAAGGGCGAAGUCUCCAUGUCAACGUUCGGAAAAGGAGGUGCCGGGGCGGAGGCGCUCGGCGGUAGGCGAGUGCGCGGGUGAUAUGCAAGCGGCGCCGGCGCGCUACGUGUCCGUGAGCGAGCUGUAUUCGACUGACGAAGUGGAGCUGCUGCUCGACGAGAUCCGCGAGCUGGAGCCCACGAGCUGCCGCGGCGAAGACGUGCAGGAUUUCGAGAUAGCCGGGAGCGGGUGCGGCGCGGGCGGCGGCGGGCGCUCGCCGGCCGGCACGGAGGCCACGGAGCGCUCGUGGGACUCGCACGCGCAGUACCGGCGCGCGGCGGGCGUGCGGGCGCGCGCGCUGGCGCCGCUGUACUGCCGCGCGCGGCACCUGCUGACGGCGCGCGGCGCGUGCACGCUGGGCGUGGUGCUGCUGGCGGGCGCGGCGGCGGCGUGCGUGUGGGCGGCCGUGGGGCUGCGCGCGGCCGCGCUGCCGCUGGCGCCGCGCGUGCAGCUGCUGCAGCUGGCCGCGCUGUCCUCCGCGCUGCUGCACGCCGCGCUGCUGCUCAUGCACGUCUCCGGCCUCAACGCGCUCAUGCCCAUCGACUGGAACAAGCUGAGUACGUUGACCAGCGCGUGGAGCGCGCUGUCGCUGACGCUGGGCGGGGCGCUCACGCUGCACGCCGUGCUGUGCGCGCCCGAGUACCGCUGGGCGCCCGAGCACAUCGCGCGCCUGCUGUGCUCCGCCUCCGGCCUGGGGCUGGGCGGCGCGUGCGCGUCGGGCGCGCUGCUGGGCGCGGCGGGGCGCGGCUGCCGCGGCUGGUGGGCGGCGGCCGCGCCCCGCGCCGCCUACCGCGCCGUGCCCUCCGCCCCGCCCGCGCCCGCCGCCCCCUCCGCCGCCGCGCCCGCCUUCGAGCAGGACGAACCCUUAUAG